UAACCUUUAUUAUCAUCGUUCUUAUUCUAGUCUUCUUCUUUUUUUUACCCACUUGUGUAUUUUCUCUGCUUGAUGGUAGUUCAGUCAUGGCGGUCGAGCUAGCAAUGAAUUACACAACUCAUAGCUUCAUCUCUCAACUCGAAGAAAACGCUGUCGUACAAGAGGCUGCCUCUGGCCUCGAAAGCGUCAAUAAAUUCAUAAGACUUCUCUCUCAACAACAACAACAACAACAAGAGGGUCUAUUAUCGGCUGAUUCUGAGCUCAGAUCUUCCAUGGCGUUAGAGAUCGAUUGUAGAGCUGUUGCUGAUACGGCUGUCAACAAGUUCAAAAGGGUUAUUUCUCUUUUGGGUCGGACUCGAACCGGCCAUGCUCGGUUCCGAAGAGCGCCUCUGAUUUCGCCCCCAAAUCGAAUCAAUGAAGUUUCUGAAACUAGGGUUUAUUGUCCAACCCCAAUUCAGCAAGUUCCUCUUCAGUCUCACCACCACCAUGAUCAAUUCGUGAUGGGGAAGAAUGGAGGAGUUGAAAUGAAGGAUGUGGGUUCCAAGACCAUCAAUUUCUCGUAUUCUUCGCCGGUGAUUUCGUCGUUGACGACCGGUGAUACGGAUAGCAAGCAGCCUUCGUCGUCGGCGUCGGCGUUUUUGAUUUCCAAUCUGUCUCAGGUCUCCUCGGCCGGAAGACCACCGCCGUUGAAGAGGAAGUGCAGUUCGUCCGAAAACGCCGCCUCCGGGAAGUGCAGCGGUGGCUCCGCCGGCCGAUGCCAUUGUUCCAAGAGGAGAAAGCUGAGGCUGAAGAGGGUGGUGAGAGUUCCGGCGAUAAGUGCAAAGAUGGCGGACAUACCGCCGGACGAUUACUCAUGGAGGAAGUACGGCCAGAAACCCAUUAAAGGGUCUCCGCAUCCAAGGGGAUACUACAAGUGCAGUAGUGUGAGGGGUUGCCCAGCACGAAAACAUGUGGAAAGAGCUUUGGAUGAUCCAACGAUGCUGAUCGUCACCUACGAAGCCGACCACAACCAUUCUCUCUGUGUUGCUGAAACAUCUGGUCUCAUUUUAGAGUCUUCUUAAAACUGUCAAUUGCAAAAAAAAGAAAAAAAAAAAAAGUGUUUUUACUUGUGUGAAACUAGGAAUGUGUUGUAGAUUACUACUACUACUAUUAUUACUAGUUAGGUGAGUUCAAUGACUCAGCUCUCUCUAUCUCCAUUUUAGUGGGUUUAAUAGUUUAUUCCUUGUACGACACUGGAUUCUCUGCUUCUCUCUUUCUCUUUCUGUUUCUCUUUUUCUCUGUCUAAAUUACUGUGAAUCAAUUAACAAUUCAAAGAAAAAGCAAAGAGAGGUGGUGGGUUUGGUAA